UCCUAUAAAACUAUAAGACUGACUGUUUGUUUGGCGAUUGUUUUAGUCGGUGUCUUGUCUUUGGUCACAACAUUACUAUUGAUUAUUAACUAUAUAUUUGUAUAUUUGUGUUGAUAUUUAAUAAAUUAAUAGACACGUCAUGACAAUGAGUGGCCAGUUAUCACAUGUUAACAAUUAUAUGAUGAAUACAAUGGACACAACUUCUUGGAUGUGUCACAUCAAGCGUGAGUUCGGCCAAUUGGACUAUUUUAUGGCCAACAAUGGCCGCAAUAACUACUGUCAAUCAGCACCCGUACCAAUAUAUCCAACGAUUCGCAUCAAACAAGAACCCGACACCGGCUACGGGUCUCUGACCAACUCAUCACUACAUGAUUGGGGACUUAAUGAGACCAACCGAUCGACGGCUGGUUUUUCAUUAACUCAUAUCCAGAACCUGGCCCUCAAAGAGUGUGCAAAAGAGAUUGACAUCGCUUGUGAUGCCCUCAACAUAUCUGCCGAUCCAUUUAAUUGGAACGUUACAGAUGUCAGAAGUUGGUUAGAAUGGACUCAAAGACAAUUCAAUUUAUUGGACUUUCCUCUCGAGUAUUUCCAGAUGGAUGGUAUGAAUCUUUGUAAAUUGUCUGAACAAGACUUUAAAGACAGGGCCCCCCUCUGUGGCGAAACACUGUAUGCACAGCUCGAGAUCUGGAAGACUGCCGUCGACUUUCGCCCCGAGGAAAGCAUUCUUGAGUUCAGUUCGAUAUUAAGCAACUGGUCGUCAUCGCCGCCGCCCUACUGUACAUCACCGCCAUCUACAAUAAGUGCUGUGCCCUCUCCAGGACAGGAGAGUAUAGGUACAGAUGCUCAUACAGUAUGUGUGUCUCCCGUAUCGCCACCGAUGUGCUCAUCUCCAGUCUCUCUGAUAACCGGUAAUACAACUACUGGAGUGGGCUCUCCACUGUUUGGCAGCUCCAUAGAGAGCUCAUCUAUUGUUACCUCAGAUUAUGGUAGCGAAGGAACUCAAAGCGAUGAUGAUAUAAGCGAUGACGGUUGCGACCUAUCAUUGAGUGGACACCUCGAACAGUCACCACCUACCAGUUCGACGACAACAGUGGGUCGAAGUGGUUCGGGUUCACACAUCCAUUUGUGGCAAUUUCUUAAGGAAUUGCUAUCACAACCUCAAAUGUAUGGCAGUUGUAUCCGAUGGAUGGACAGACCUAAAGGUGUCUUUAAGAUUGAAGACAGUGUUCGCGUCGCUAAGCUAUGGGGAAAACGUAAGAACAGGCCGGCUAUGAAUUAUGACAAACUGAGUCGUUCUAUACGUCAAUACUAUAAGAAAGGAAUUAUGAAAAAGACAGAAAGGUCUCAGCGUCUGGUCUAUCAGUUUUGUCAUCCAUAUUGUCUAUAAUUUAUAUGACAUACAUAUAUAUAUAUAUAUAUACGACACACCCCUCAGACAUUAGACCCGAAUUUGAUGCCAACAAUAGUUAGUGACUCUUAGUUAGUGUCGAAUUCGAAGGCAUUCUUCGUGAGUUAUAAUAAACAUGUGUUUAUGUAAUCGCAUUCACGAGGAAUGGCCUAUUAUGACGGAGAAGGUAUUAUUCCCGUCCUCAUUGUCUCUCAUAUCACUCAUUAUCUUCACAUUAAUAGACGCAUAAACCUCUCGUCUUUGCGCACAUUCCUCACGAUUGUUGACAACUAACUCGAUAUAUAUGUUAUAUAUUUAUAGUUUGAUUGUCAUUUAAAUUUAUCAAUUGAUCGGUAGUUGUGUUGAGGAUAACUAUCCUCCAUAUAGCGGUUAUUUUGAUGAAGUUGAUCCCAUAUAUCUAUGAUAUAUCCAAUUGUAUGUUCUGUGAACAUCAUUUCAUAACUUAUAUAUUGUUUUUUGAAUGUAUUUCAUAAAAACCUUUUCAGUUGUACUCAUGUGAGGCACUGGAAAUCGAUUACAUUGUAUAACAGUAUAUUAUUUUUAAUAUAUAUUUAUAUUAUUAUUAAGUGUUUUUAAUAAUAAUAAUUGUUUAGU